CGUAAAAGUUUGGUUCUCCUUAGUAACCAACAACGCUGAAGGCAUGGCGGCGUUGGUGACGGAGGCUCAUGUGCUGAGGGUCCAGGCGCGCGGGGAUAGGCGCCCGGCCCAGGAGUUGAGCCAGGCGGUGAGCCGUCUGCUUCCGGGCCUGGAAGCCGAGAGCAAGCUGAGCCGGCGCCGGGCCUUGGAGGGCCUCCAGCGGGAGCUCGAAGGGGCCCCGCUGCCUCCAAGUGCCGACUUCCAGGAGCUUUUCAGCCGCCUGCUCCUGCCGCGGCUGCUCCGCUGCCUGGGAGACCCCGCCGAGAAAUGCCGGGCCCUGGCCGUGCAUCUCCUCCGCCUGGGCCUGAGCCACGGGGCCCGACCCCAGGACGCGCUCCCGCAGCUCAUACCCGCCCUCACGCAGCGCCUGGCCGGCCUGGGCUCAGGGCAGCUGGUGGAGCCGUGCGAGGAGCUGCGUCUGGCACUCGUGGAGCUGCUGAGCCUCGUGGUCCAGUUGUGCGGCCGCAGCCUGGCCCCCUACCUGGACGAGAUGGUGCGCAUCCUACAGAGGACCAUCGUGGACCCCUUCCCCCGAGUCAAGAGGGAGAGCUGCAAGCUCGCGGGGGACUACGCGCAGAGCAUCCCAGAUCAUUUCCAUAUGCAGUCGGAAUCCUUAAUCGCUCCUCUGAUGCAAACGAUUUCACACCAGCAUUCCAAAGUCCGUGUGGCGGUGAUUCAGGCCACAGGGUUGGUAAUACAGUUUGGCAAUGCCAAGUCAGUGGAUGAUGUUAUUUCUCAUUUUGCACAAAGACUGUUUGAUGAUGUCUCCCAGGUUCGACAAGCUGUGACUUCUGUUGUUGGAAAUUGGCUGUUACAUUUGAGAGACAGAUAUUCAUUCUUUCAUAAGCUGAUUCCUUUGUUAUUAAGCAGUUUUGACGAUGAAAUACCAGAAGUCAUGGAAUUGGCCAUCAGCCUCUGGGAGAAGAUAGGUCUACAGUGGCAAAAAGAAAAUGAAGAUGAUCUGAAAGAUAAGCUUGAUUUUCCUUCUCCUCCACCAUCCCAUUAUCCUAAAGGAGUGAUUCGUCCAGUGUUGGGAUGUCGGGAACUUGUUUUCAGAAACCUCUCCAAAAUUCUCCCAGCCAUAUGUAAUGAUAUAACAGACUGGGUAGUAGGAAAUCGAGUAAAAUCAGCUCAGCUUCUGACUGUCUUGUUACUCCAUGCAGAAGAUCAUAUUACACAGCACCUAGAAAUAGUGCUCAGAACCCUUUACCAGGCUUGCUCAGAUGAUGAAAAGGCUGUGGUUAGCAAUUGUAUAAAAUCAGCAGAGUUGGUUGGAACAUUUGUCAAUCCUGAGGUGUUUCUGAAGUUAAUCCUGGCAGCGUUGAAAAAAUCACUUCGUCCAUCUUGUCUCAUGGUCCUAGCUGCAGUUACUAGAGGCUGUUCACAGCAAUCCCUUAAACCUCAUCUAAAUAAUGUUGCCAGCUACCUGUCACAGACACAGAUUUGUCAAGGAUCUGCAGAUAGCUGUUAUAUGGAGCAGUUGCUUUGUUGUAUACAAGCGUUAAUCCAGGUGGGUCAGGAAGACUGCAAAGAAUCCAGUUUGCAGCUUAUGAAAGUUUUGGUGACAGUCAUGGCUGUCUCGGGCGCUGCAGGCCUUCAGGAAAAGGUUCAGGACACAAUGAACUUAUUAGCUUUGAUCCAGAAAUGUGAUGGGACUCUAGAUCUCUAUCAGCAGCAUAUGGACCAUCUCAUGGAAUGGCUCACUUUAUCACAUCAGGAUUGGAACUGUCAUUCAGUAGAGCUACUGCAGUUUGAAGUAGUUGUUACUCAGUCAGGUCCUGUAUUAGGUAAAGCUCUUAAUUACUUUAUUCCUAUCAUUAAGACUUGUCUUCAACCAACCAAAGAUCCACAAAUGCGCCUAAGGCUCUUCACAGUCUUAUCCCAAGUGCUUUUAAAAGCAAACAGUACUGUCAAUUCUCAACAGCAGUUUCAUGACCACCUUGAGUCAGUGAUAAAAGAUAUAUUGGUUCCUAAUCUGCAGUGGCAUGCUGGGAGAACAGCAGCAGCCAUUCGUACUACAGCUGUGUCCUGCCUUUGGGCUCUUCUUCACAGUGAAAUACUUUCAUCAGAACAGAUGACAGAAAUACAAGAAGUAUUGAUGCCUCAAAUUUUUAACACACUGGAAGAAGAUUCUAAAAUGACUCGAUUAAUGUCAUGCCGUAUUAUUAACAUAUUUCUAAAGGCCUGUCCUGGCCCAAGUGAUCCAGAUAAAUUCAUCAAGAUUUAUCCUGAACUCUUGAAACGCCUGGAUGAUGCUUCAAAUGAAGUACGAAUAGCAGCUACAAGUUCCUUAAUUAGCUGGCUUAAGUGUAUCAAAAAUGAUGAUGAUGGAAAAUCCUUUUUAAAAGGCAAUAUACAGUAUCUCUAUAAGGAGCUCUUGGUUCACCUUGAUGAUCCAGACAGCACAAUUCAGGAUGCAGUAUUAGGAGUCUUAAAGGAAGGAAGUAUUCUAUUCCCUGACAUACUGGUGGAAGAAGUUGAAGCUGUUAAAUAUAAACAUCGGUCUCUAAUUUAUUGUGAACAGCUUUUGCAGCACAUCCAAUCAACUAGAGGCAUCCUCUAAAUGCAAGAUUCUGGGAAUAGUCAAGUUUUUACAAUUUUUGGAAUUGUAGGAUAGUAUCAGACUUCUGCCUUUUUUUGGACAGUAAUUGAUGGUACUUAAUUCUACAAGUAUUGCUGUUUUUUAUUAAUAGUUUAGAGAAAGCAAGAAAUGUGAUAGUAAACAAAUAUUCUUUUUAUUGCAUAUACAGCAGUCUAGGAAAACAUUCUCUUGUGAACUUCUUUUAUAUCUAAUAAUUUUUAAUAGCAGUAUUAAUGUCCAUUAAAUGGAUUCUGUGCUAAUAUCUAAUUUAUUUAGUUCAUUCACAGGUCUUCUAGUCUCUGAGUAAUUUGAAAUUUACAAUUAAAUGCAGUUUACUCAUACUGAGAGUUAAACCAACAUUAUUUUUAUAUUAAUGUGCAUUGGAUAGAUUCGUGAGUUACUGGUAUCAUAGCAAUUAGAUAUAAAAUGACCUGGAUUCUACUUAUAAUUAAUUUUCAAUUCUAAUAAUUUAAAAAAGUAGCAAAAGUAAGAUUUUUAUCCAUUGUUUGAGUUCUGCAUAGUGGAACUAAUACCUAAGGCAACAGACUUUAAAAUUCUCUUAUAUCAGAGAAUUGUCACAAGUAAAAUGCUCACCAUUAUCAGUAGAUUAUAAUCUAAUAUGAAAAUAGUCAUUCUUGAAAAAAAUUAAUAUUUAUAUUGACAGUGAUGAAAUACAGUUAUAGGAUCAGAUAAAAUUUUAGUUGAUUUAUUAUAAAAUUAAUAAAACAUAUCUUUUCUUUUUAAAGCUGUCAUAUUUCACAAUGAUUAUUUCUUAGCUCUUUCUUUUCCAAAGUGCCUUAUAGAUUUAAAAUUUCAGGUAUAUAUUGUCUCUAUAGGCCAACAUUUGUGUUGACCCAAGGAAAAUUUAUUUACAUUUAUUUGUUUUGCAAUAAUUGAUUAUAUAUCAUUUAAAUUUUGGCAUUUUGUGUUUGAAAAUAAAAUUUUCUCUUUUAUAGUAUAGAGGAAUGUGUAUUUUUUUUAAUACUUGGCAGACAUUUUUAGAAACUACUGUUUUUUCCACUUUUCCUUUUUAAAGA